AUGGCUGAAGCCCAGCUAUGUGGAUUACAGGACGAGUUCACCUGCUCGGUAUGUCUGGACACCCUGACUGACCCCGUCACCAUCCCCUGUGGACAUAAUUUCUGUCUGAAGUGCAUCACAAACUACUGGGAUCACAGCCAAGAGUGCAGCUGUCCUCAAUGCAGAGAAAACUUCACCACGAGGCCUGCUCUACGAAAAAAUAAUCUGCUGAAUGAAGUCAUCAAGAAAUUAAAGAAGACGACACUCAGUCCUCCUACUCCUCAGAAUUAUGCCAGCCCUGGAGACGUGGAGUGUGAUUUCUGUACUGGUAAGAAGUUCAGAGCGGUGAAGUCCUGUCUAACCUGCAUGGCCUCCUACUGUCAGACUCACCUGCAGCCUCACUAUGAAGUAGCGGCCUGGAAGGGACACAAGCUGGUUGAUCCUGAUAGAAAUCUGAAGGAGAAACUCUGUCAGAAACAUCAGAAAAGUCUGGAGAUAUUCUGUAAAACUGAUGAUUCCUGUAUCUGCAUGAUGUGUGUGGUGACUGGACAUAAUGGGCAUAAAAUGGUCGAGCUGGAGACGGAAAGAGAAGAAAAGCAGAAACAGCUGGGGGUGACACUGAGUGACAUCAAAAGGGGACUUGAGGAGAGAGAGAAGACACUGAAGGAGACGAGGAGGGCGAUGGACGAGAUGAAGAUGUCUGUGGUAAAAGAGGUGGAAGAAAAUGAGAAGAGCUUCACUGCUCUAAUACGUUGCAUUGAGGAAGCCCACAGGAAACUGACUGAGAGGAUCAGAGAACAAGAAAAGAGAGAAAUGGAAAAGGCUGAAGGAGUCGUGAAGCAACUGGAGAACAAGAUUAAAGAGCUGAAGAGGAGAGAAUCUGAGCUGAAGGAGCUUUCAGAGACCAAGGACCAUCUACACUUCCUGCAGACUUUCUCCUCUUGCUGUGUCCUUCCUGCUGAUGGAGACUCGCUGAGCUUCACUGUCACCGCUGAUUUCUCAUCUGAGGACAUGAGAAAGGAGCUGUCAGGUCUGACAAAGAGUCUGGAGAAGAUCAGCCAGUGGGUCAUCAUGACAAGGACUCCAUCAGCUCAUGAAGCUCCAGUUUUCGCCCUCCAGCCUCCAGGUGAAGACUACAAGACCUCCUUCACAGAGCUUCAUGUUCAAGUGAGCACAGCUGGUCCCCUCACACUGGACAUCAACACGGCAAACAGAAAACUCCGUCUGUCUGAAGGGAACAAGAAAGUGACAUGUGAGAGGACAAAGACUGAAUAUCCUGAUCAUCCUGAGAGAUUUGAUUACUAUUCCCAAGUUCUGUGCAGAGAGGCUCUGACUGGGACUCGCUGUUACUGGGAGGUGGAGUGCAGUGGAGACAUCAUGAGGAUUGGAGUCGCAUAUAAAGGACUGAGCAGGAAAGGAGAGGGCAGGGAGUGCUGCCUGGGAAACGACAAGUCCUGGUGUUUGCUGUGGUCUCAUUCCCAGUACUCUGUGCGUCACAAUAAUCAGCAGACUGUAAUCAGAGCCCCCUACAGCCCCAGAAUAGGUGUGUAUCUGGACUGGCCUGCUGGCUGUCUGUCAUUUUAUAGCGUCUCACACACAAUGACCCUCCUGCACAGGUUCAACACCUCCUUCACUGAGCCCCUCUAUCCAGGGUUUUGG